GGGUUCAUGAAAGGGUUAUGUUUUGGUCACGCGUUACCGUGAUUCCGCAUGGACUGGUAAGCAUCUACUCCUGUUUUUCCCUCCACCCUCCACUGUCUAGCUGCACCGGUUCCACCACAUUCUUUUUACUCCCACAAAGAUCGCUCUUUUUUCCUUUUAAACCUUUUACAGCCGGUACACGACCGUAAAUUCUUCUGCAAUGCUUUCGAAAUUGUUCGCCAUCGCUGCUGUCUCCGCCAUUAUUGGCGUCUAUGCCGACGUUGUUCCUACCGUUCCGGGACCAGGCGACUCGUAUGACGAGGGGGCUUCCUGCGUUAUAACGUGGACCGGAGACAAAUCGUCAACGGCGUGGAAGGACAUGGCCAUAGAGUUGAUGUCCGGGAGUAACACGGCCAUGGUGCACAUAACAACGGUCGCUACAGGACAAGACGGAACGGUGGAUGGUACAUUCAACUAUACGUGUCCAAACGUGACCCCAAACUCGGCAAUUUAUUUCUAUCAAUUCACAGCCCCUGCAUCCCCCAACACGACCUGGGUCACUCGCUUUACCAUUGCCGCCGCCGACGGUUCGAGCACUUCGCCCGCAAACUCUCUUCAGCCUGACGGUUCCGCUAUCCCCUGGGGAGUCGGCGCCCUUGUCGAUCCCUCCCUCGCCGUUGCCGCUCCUAACUUUUCCUCGAACUCCUCUAGCCUGACGACUACCGCCAGUGUCGCUGCGUCCUCAGCAAUUGCCACUAUGACUAAGGUUCAAACUACGACGAAGGCAACGACGCUGGAGACCUCUGAUACUACCAGUGCAAGCGCAGAGGAAGCAUCCGCGAGCAGUUCUAGCUCGAAUACUGCCAAGACCGGUAAUGGUGCUGUGGGCCUUGAUGCACGGGCAUGGCAAGCGCUGAUGGCUAUGGGUGUAUCAUCUGUGGUGUUCGCGUUCUUCCUCUAAAACUUAAUACCCACUGGGAUCAUAACGAACCAUUUAUACCUAUCUUAUUCGCGUCUUCCUCUGUCUUCCUUC